AUGAGUGAAGGUUAUUCCGCAACACAUGGGUUGAUGAUGUUCUUGCAGGCCACCAAUAAUGGGGCCGCAGAAGGAACUGGUAUUAGAUUGAAUGUUGAUCAAGCCCAUAAUCUUUUAGGAAAAAAUAUUCCAUCUUCAUUAGUGGAUUACACCUUAGGAACACAGAUUAAUUUAUUUGGAUCGUAUCCAGAAGAAAGUGAUAUAGUACCAUCAGCUAUCUUCACAGCCGUGUUUGCGAUAUUGGGAAUAUUGCAUUUGAUUAUCUUUUGCAUGAAUUUUUCAAGAGGCCAUUAUUUCUGGUUGUCGUUGGGGUGGUUCGGAUAUUGUGUUACGAGAGUGGUUGGAUGGGCACUUCGGAUUGCGUGGGCCAGAAAUAUCACCGUAACGCAGAUGGGGAUUGCCAAUGAGGUGUUUUUGAUUAUUCCGUCGAUCAUUCUUGUGUCUAUCAACUUGAUUCUAGCGCAAAGAUUGUUUACUUGGAGACAUCCAGUAGGUGGUUCAAGGAAGCUCUUCUGGUCCAUUAUGAUUGGUCUUUAUAUUGUUGUGCUCGGGGUCAUUGCCAUGACUAUUGUUGCGUCCGCCAUACCCUAUUUGUAUUAUUUGUCUGAAAGAGCAUACAAGAACUACCAGAAAGUGGUGCAAGCAAGUGCCAUUUUGAUUAUAUUGUACACUUUAACAGCGGUCAGUUUGAUUGCCUUAUCGUAUUUCUUCAAGCCAACCACCAAGGAUGAAAACUUAUACACAUACCAACCAUGGUGGAUUGAAUCGUUCCACCCGUUCUAUUUUGUUCGUCCGCACGCUGCCCAGGAGGCCGAAGAGUCCUUCAUGAAGAGGAACCACAAUCACCGUCACGCCAUUCGUGUUAUAGCCGCAACUCAUCACCACUACAAUGUUGUCCAGGGUUUAAGUAACGAAAGAGGUAACUUGAAACACAACACAUCCUUAUUGAUCAUUUGUCUGUCCACUCUUUUCCUUUUCAUAGGUUCCGUAUUAAGAUCAAUUGCGGUUUUCCAGGCCAGAUUCAACAGAGACGAGGGCCCUGUAUGUGCACCCGUGGCCAUGUAUAUAGUAUGGGGGCUUUUGGAAACAAUAAUCAACUUGUCAUACAUCAUUGGUAGGGUUGAUUUGAGAUUCUAUAGACCAGAUGUCUUACCUGCAGCGGUCAGAGCCAUCAUUACUGCGGAACAAACAAACCGUCCCUCAGUCAUGCCUUCAGAACAAGCUACCCUUGACGGUGACAAUAUAUCUCUCGACCAGUCUGAAUUUGAUUUUAGUGAUUCGGAAUCAUUACCUCCUAAUUACUACGAAAACAAACACGAAAAGGAAGAUGCAGUCACAGAGGACAAUGAGUCUGAAUUUUAUUUCUGA